UGGAGGCGGGAACUUGCCACAAGGGGCAUGCUGGGAAAACAAAUAAGCUGCACCAUGGAGUCUGGCAGUACUCAGUUUUUCUUCCUAAUUGACAAGCUUCGCAUUCAGCUUUUGAACAGUAUCGAAGGUGCGACAGAAAAAGACUAUUUUCAAGAGGAAAUUAGUCCGCGAGAGAUUUUGAGCCGGAUUGAAAGCGUCAUUUUGAGAAUAGUGGAAAGUCUAUCUAAAAAUGAGGCCCCUGUUCUGGAGCUGCCCAACAGGUCAAGUUGGUCCAAUGUUGAUUUUGACAGUGGGGUAGGGCUUCAGAUGAGCUCAGGACAUUCUGUCACCACUGUAAAAAGCAACUGUCCAGCAUCUGUCACCAAAUUUGCACAGAUUCUGAAGAUUCUCUCGGUCAUAUACAGACUUGUGCAGAGCAACUCUUACGCCACAAAGAGAGAUGUGUAUUACAACAAUACUCAGCUGUUUGGGUCACAGAGAAGUGUGGACACUAUAGUAGAUGACAUCUCCUGCAUGCUGAAGGUUUCUCGCAGGGCUUUGCAUGUGAUGGCCACAUCUAAAGGCUUAAUUGCUGGGGAUCUUUGCUACUUGGAAGAAGACGGCACCAGAAUCGACUGCCGCUCCAGCUCUGCUGCUGUUUCAGUUUCGUCAAAUGUCUCCGGCAUUAGAAACAUUGUGUCAUCAGCCAAAUUUGUCAUGAUAGUUGAGAAGGACGCAACCUUCCAGAGGCUGUUAAACGACGACUUCUGCAGAAAACUCUCUCCUUGCAUCAUGAUUACAGGUAAAGGUGUGCCGGAUGUCAACAGUCGACUGAUGGUGAAAAAGCUGUGGGACACGCUGCAGAUUCCCAUCUUUGCCCUGGUGGACGCAGACCCUCAUGGCUUUGAGAUCAUGUGCAUCUACAAAUAUGGAUCAGUGGCCAUGUCGUUCGAGGCCCACAGUCUGACUGUUCCCAGCGUUAUGUGGCUAGGCCUCCUCCCCUCUGACUUACAGAGGUUGAUGGUUCCCAAACGUUCGUUACUUCCCCUCACCAGGAGAGACGAAAACAAACUCAACAGCCUUCUGAAGCGCCCGUACUUCGCCAGCCAACCCCAAUGGCAAAAAGAAAUGGAGCUGAUGCAGCAGAGUAAAGUCAAAGCUGAAAUACAGUCUCUGGCAGAUAUUGCUCCUGACUUCCUCACAAGCAUCUACCUGCCCAAUAAGCUUCGUUUUGGAGGCUGGUUAUGAGCACAAUCCUGCCACCUAGUGGAGUGUCGAUGAAGGUGCAGAUAGUUGGUUCUGAAAUCUGUAAAUCUGACCUUGUGUUGUCUAGAAAACUGAUGCACAGACUUUUGAUGUUUUGAGGAUUUUCUGUUUCUAUGGACUGUUGGAAGUUUUGGAAAUAAACACUAAAUUGUUGAAAUACCAACAGA